AUGGAGAGCUCUACAACAAGUGCCACCAGCGGGAUACCAGCUACGUUUUUUGAUAUCUGCGUUAUCUGCCAUAAGACUUUUAACAAAGAAUAUUCAUUCAACCGUCACGUCUCUUACUGUCGCCGCGCUAAAGGAAAGCGCAAAAAUCGGCCGAGAUCAUGUCGCCGUUGCUAUGUGUCAAAAACCAGGUGCAGUCUCGCACAACCUCAAUGUAGUCGGUGCCAGGCUCAAGGAUCAGAAUGCAUUUAUGAUGGACUCCUUCAACAGCAGUCAACAGAAAGUAAAUCCAAUUUACAGCAACAGAAGUCAGAUUUGACGACUGGUUUGCCGCAGAAUAUAUCUUUUACAACGGGCACGCUAUCUUCGGACUACACGGCAGGUUCAUUUAAUGCAUCUUCCAGUUCAUCGGAUGUGCAGCAAUCCACACACGGAUGGAAUGCAAACUACUUGCAUUCCGCGAGAGAUCCAUUUUUCAACAGUACUAAUCAAUGGCAAACCGCUCCAGAUUUCAGCUCCUAUACUCUCAAUGACGUUGAUGUAGCCCAAUCUAGAACUUCAACGGAAUUGAUGCAAACAUAUCAAGUGUAUACCACAUCGAAAUUUGCGGCUAGUCUUCUCUCGCAGGCCAUAUCUGCCUUUCCACAGAUGAUGUUGCGCCGACAGACAUUCCCACCCUUCAUACACGCUCACUGGCAUUUGCCCUCAUUGCCAGAAACCUUAGCAAAUUGCAUGAGCAUCGCACAGCUUUUCGCCACUCGGACGGCUGAAACAAGACCAUUCCUUUGGCGAACGAUUGGGGUCGAAGUUAAGCGUCUGCAAGAUGAGGUGGAAUCUGCGACGCUACUUAAUCUUCAAAAUGCCCUGCAAUCUAUUAUACUCUUUGUCAUCAUGGCAAUUGUAGACCAAGAUUCCGGUACUUUAUCUUUGGCGCCAAAUUUUUUCCAAGUAUUCAAAGUAUGGGUUGCUGUUUUGUAUAUUCCAGGAGAAGUAUUGCCAAAUACAACUUGGGAAGACUGGAUCUAUGCCGAAACUCGACGACGAAUCAUAUGCGUCUGGUUUUUGAUAAGUCGCAUUCUUUCUAUACAAUCUGGCGGCAGCUCCAUGCCUGAAUACCCAAUGAGCUUACUGCCUGUAGUCUCUAAUAAAACGCUCUGGGAAGCUCGCAGUAUUACAGAGUGGGAAACUGAAAAGGCAUUAUAUGACGCAAGCGACCCUAUGACAUCGUUUGAUGAGCUUGUCAACGCAAAGAGGAAGUCAAAUCAACCAUACUAUCGACGAAAACUGGAAACAUGGGACGCAGGGGCAGACAAGAUGGCUAUUAUGCUGAAUAUUGCGGCGGAAUUGAUGUAGAGUGUGAGACAUAAAAUACUUACAUCUUCCACUUAACCACGGAAGGGAUUUCUCGCAAAAU